AUGCUGACUUACCGAGGAGAAAUCGUUUUUGUGUUCAAUCAUUAUGUUUGCAAGAAGCCAAGGGAAACUGACGGCAAGAUGGUCGAGAGACGAGAGUUCUCGGUCAUGUUGCGCAACGUGGAAUCCCGCGCUGAGGACAAGCAGAAGGGGAAGAGGCCCAACAAGCAGAGUUCUUUCAAGAAGCACCCUCCCCGUGAAGAGCUCAGGAUCUUCUUCUGGGAUGACUGGGCGGAUGCUUGCAAGUUUCUCAAAGUUGGCAACGUCAUAGAAUGCCGAGGGUUCCGAAAAGAAUCUCCCAUGGAAGAGUCUCAGUCGCAGUUGAACCUUGAUCCCGCAAGCUUGUUCAAAGACGGAGUCUUUGAACUGCAUGUGGACAAUGCCGACCCGGACACGGGGCGGAGACUCUUCUGCGAUAACAACGGAUGGGAGGUGGAGAUCAAUGACAAGACCUUGGAUGUACAGAUCAAUGAGAAGGAAUGGGAGAGAGUGAGGAGGAAAGUCGGGAAGAAGCAGAAAGACCCAGCUCCUAUCGUCUAUGCGAAGCUCAAUGAACUUGAAAAGUUCGUGGAAGGCAACUCAAAGAACCCACUGAUUGGCAGGCACGAGAACGAAGCUUCCUCCUCCUCUGCAGCUGUAGCUGUUUCUGUCCUCCCUCGUGCUCCUCACUCACAAGCUUGCCAGAACGCGCCAGCUCAAGAGCCCAAUCGACUGAAUUUCUACGGGAUAGUUGUAGACUACUCUCAUCCCAAGAAGACCAAGGGACCUGACUUCUGCACUACCCUGACGGUUGUGGACGAGACCAUGCCGAAGGGCGUGCGCAUCAACCUGUUCAUGGACGAGAAGUCAAGCCCGGUCGUGCGGAGCAUAGGAGACGUUAUCAGGAUCCAUCGCGUCAAAGUCGUAGAGUUCGAUGGCGGGCUGCAGGUGCAACGAGGGCCAGGAUGUAACUUCUGCUUGUUCUCCCCGAGCGACUUCCAUGGCAAGGAGGUUGACUACGACUCUGAUGAGGUGGAGGAGGACAUCCAGCCAUACCAGUGCCGUACGCACAAGAGCGGAGAUACCAAGUUCAUCCCCCGGCCGGGAGAUCGCAAGUCAGUGAUGGAGCUUUCGGCUUGGGGCGAGAAUUUCCUAGCAACUCUCCCUCCCAACUCAGACGCAGGUCAGGACGAGUACGUGAAGAAACUUUGCCACAUCACAGACCUCGACAAGCCGUUCGACAUCUACUGCUCCUUGAACUCACAGCUCCCGUCCGACAACGGCUGGAUGUACUUCAGGGUGUGGGAUGGUUCGGAUCUUCCGCUGCAGCAGCUGGAGAACAACCUGAACCAGAACCUCAAGAGCGGGGAGGAGGUGAGCGAGCGGAUGGAGCUGCUCCAGCAUCAUCCAGGGCUUCCCUUCGACGGGGCCGUGCCGAGCCUAGGGUCCUUACUAGUGAUCGGGCUUGAGGUCAAGGCCCUGCACAACGAGCUGAUCCAGUCUAUCAAGUUCCAAGGGAGCGCAAAGAGAGCGAGCGACCGGGAGUGGUGGUGCAAGAUCCGGAACCUGAGACUGCAAGGGGUGGAGGUCAACGACGGGAACAAGAGGGUCUUGAUGGGGAUCUUGAGCGACAAGUCCUCUGUCAUGACUCUGCCAAGCGUGCACUGGAAGGUGACGAGGCCCUCCCCAGCUCGUUCCCAGCUGACUUCCCCAGAUCUGCAAGCUGAAAGCGGAGUACGACCGACGAGUCUCUCAGGCCGCUGGCCCUAG